AUGGAGUUGUGGGAGAAGAGCGAAACGGUCGAUCCGGAAGUGCGCGCAUACGUUUACUCGCUCGUCAAUGUGGUGGGAGGCAGCUCGGCGUACGAUGAUACAUACAGCAUUGGCGACGAUGCGCUGGCGGCGCUGAACGAUAUCUUGAGAUGGCUGCGAUUGUACGACGAGAAGCUCAACCGAUACGAUGUCAAGCGGUGCCUCGCUGAAGCCAACCUGGUGCAAGGCGAUCUGCUCGAGAUACUGGCAUUAUGGCCCGAGACGGCGACGGACAACAAGCUGAGAGGCAAGCUGGCGCUGGCGUGUAUACAGCUGCUCGUACCCUUGACGUGGCCCUUGGACCUGGAAGAUGAGAAGGCGACGGUGAACCAUCACCGGCAUCUGCCGUAUCUGCAACUCGCACAGGUUGGGUACAAGCGCGCCGUCCUGCACUAUGAGCACGCCGCCAUCUUACGGACGGCUGUCCGAGUGGCGUUGCCGUCCAUGACACAACCACGCCGAGAGCGGAGUAAGCGGGACGAAGGUAUCAUUAAGCUGGUCAUGUAUCUCUUCCGUAAUGUGGCCAUGAUCACCCAACCGCAGAUGCUACCCUCGCAAGGCGACGAGAACGAGAUCAGCCGCUCGUCCACGAUCGACGUCUUCCAUGAACAGGACGUCUUGAACUUACUGCUUACGAUUGGCUCCGGCGCAUCGGACGACUUCCAGGAUGAGGAUGUUGUCUUGCUCGAGAUCCUUUUCCAUUUGUUGAAAGGCAUCGACCCGAAGAAGCUCUUCAUGCACGAUGAGCAAGUUCAACACCACGAAGCCGACGAACUCCGAAUGCUGAUGCAGAAGGAGCGCGACAUGCACAAAAGCUAUCGGAAACACGCUCCUUCCCGCCACAACCGCUUCGGCACGAUGCUUUGGGUCAAGCGCGGAGACGAGAAGCUAAGUACAGUCACGGGCCAGACGAGCAUCACGAACGGUGAUGCCACCCUGCAGAUAAUGGACGCGAGCAAGAAGUGGAACAAGCCCAAGCAUCACGGCAAACAUGCGGGUCUUGAAGAGCUCAGACAGGCCGACUUUUGCCAACGCAUUGAUCUGACGGAGACGGCACGGAAGCACCUCCGCAGCUUCGUCGAGGACUUCCUCGACUCAGGCUUCAACCCUCUCUUCUCCGGCCUCCGAAAAGCUAUUGCAAGUGAAGCGGACCGUAUAAGCCCUACCCACCAGCGCCACUACUUCUACCUCAUCUCCUGGUUUCUGGCCGCCGAACGCGCACGUCGGACAGCAACCACGUUCACACCUCCUCCGACCUCUGCAGGAGAAGAGAGCACAUACGCCUACAUCGCCGCCGUCCUCGACGACCACACCUUCGCCCUGAUCAGCCGAAGCAUGCAGCGUUACCUUGACGAAAAGUCCUGGCUAGACUUGCACACCACGCUCUUGGCCUUCACCUCCAUCCUCCUAACAGUCCACGAUAUGAGUGAAAGUCCAGAUGAAGAAGACCAAGAGAUCGCAGAGAACAUCCAAAAUCGCAUAUUCUACCACGAAGCCACCCACGAUCGCAUCGUACAGAUAUUGCGAAGUUACAACAACCAAGGCCUACCCUACCUCGACGCAGUAACGGAAUGCGUACACGUCUUCGUCCGGAUGCUGGAAAGGUACAGCAAACAGAACGCCGAGCUGCAAAUCCAGUCGAAGCGGAGGGCGCGGAAGAAAGCACGGAAAGCCGGUGUCAUGCCCAACGAAGACGACCAAGAAGCCGAUAACGAAGACGCUCGCGAAGCUCAACUGACCGCAACAGAGCGCAGAUUCGACUUUGCCCGCUUCAGCUCCAAACUCCUCACCCAACCGUGCCUCAACACAUUCCUCGCUCUGCUCCAAUACCAUGCCGAUCUUACGCCGGAGCAGCUGAAACGGUGUCAUCGCUAUCUCUACCGGCUGGCGUUCAAACAUGACCUCGCGAUCUUGCUCUUCCGAGUCGACAUCCUACUUCUACUACACAAACUUGUAAAGGGACCCGGGGGUUUGAGCACAGAGAGCCCGGCGUUCCAGGACUGGGACACGCUGGUCCGGCAGGUGUUCAGGCGGUGUGUGAGGUGGAUGGAGAAGGAAACAGAGGGUGAGGGGUGGAAGGAGAUGUGUGUGGUAGAGAUGCUGUUCAGCAAGAUUCCGGCGAGCGUGUAUUACCUGCAAAACGGUAUUGAGCGAACGGUGGAGAGAAGGGCGCCGAGACCGCCUGCUCAGCUAGGGUUCAAAGCGGGCGUGAGCGAGGUGAUGAAGGUACCCGUGGCUGUUACCCUUCUGCUGGAGCAAGGAAAAGCCGAUGCAGUGCAGUGGGUUAAGAAGGAGAUGGAGCGAGCGGUGCAGGAGCGGACGGCUUGGGAGGAUAUCAAUUCUGCGGUCGACGAGGGAGCAGGGACCGAGCGCCCACCGCCCCCGCCCAUUUUCCUCAUCCCAGACACGGAGGAGCGGAAGACGCAAUUGUUCAAGGACAAGCAUCUGCGUCUGUUACUCGCCACGCUCGGACUGGAAAGGUUAGGCGCGAGCGAUGAUGUGGACGGGACGUGGCUUUUCCCGGCUGAACUUUCGACGCAGCGGCUGAGAGAGGGGGUGGAAGCGAUCGCCAAGACCGAGUUUGAUCCGCCGACCGGGUUUGGGGAGGAGGGGAGGGCGGCGGCAGAUAUGGUGAGGAAUCUGUCCUCCUCUGCCGUCGCUGUCGUCAGGAGAACCGCGAACACGUACUCAGACGACGACUCUGCCUCCUCCGGAGACGAGGCGGAGGCGCUCUUUCCGCCCAACCUCCGCUCUCCUCGCCAAAAAGACGACGAAAGAGUGCCCAAGCGCCGUCGCCUCACCAAGCGCAACCGCACGGAGCUUACCGAAGCCGAAGUAGACGCCAAGGCGGCGGAGCGGAGCAAGAAGGAGCAAGAAAGGCAGGGCAAAAUCAAGAGUGCGCUUUACGUCACGAAGAGCGAUGAUGAGAGUGAUAGUGAGGCGGAUGCGGAAUUCUUCCGGUUGGAGGAGGAGAGAAGGAAGGCUACGAAGGGUGUUAUCAACGGUGCGCUAACGAGGGAGACGGAGAAGAAGAAGAAGAAGACGACAGGAGGGGAGGCGAUGGGGAAGAGGAAGAGGGCGGUGGAUGAGGAGAGUGGAAAUGAAGACGAGAGUGGGAUUGGUGAGGAGGAUGAGAGUCGGAUGCGUGAAGGGGAUGCGGAGGCGGAGAUGGUGCUGAAGAAGAAGAGGAAGACGCUACCGUUUGAGGAGGAAAGUGAUUCCGAUGCAUCCAACGUGGAUAUGGACGUGGGGGACGCCGUUGGGGACGAGGAUGUCAUUACCAAGCUGUCUAAGCGUAGGGCUGUUACCGAGUCAUCAUCUGAGGCCGAGGAUGUCAGUGAGGAUGAUGCAGAGGGAGAGGAAAAGGAAGAGACGUUUUCUACUUCUCCCACGGCUGCGGAGAAGACGACCGGACCCCGGGCGUUGGCUGAGGUGAAUGGGAAUGUUGCGGCAGGUUUGCGUCAUGGCGGGAGAACGAUUGGACUUGGAGACAAAGAGCGUAAUACGCUGGACCAGGACGAGGAGGAUGAAGAUGAUGUGCCUGUUACGAAACCACUACGGAGCAGUAUCCGAGGGCGGAUUGUGAUUGCGGAUGACGAGGAUAGCGACUAG